AUGGCCUACACUUUCGCUCUUACCUACUAUAGCCGCCUCUUCCAUGAACCCAUUCCCCUCAACUAUCAUCGCCAUAAUCAAUCCUUUGCUCACCGCCCGAUAUCCCUCACCAUUGACAUUCCUCUACCCGACUUCAUUGAUCUUGACCUUGACUUCCGUCAACUGGUCCAUAACCUCGGGUGGGGAUUUCUCAUUGAUGACAUUCCAUCUCUUGUGUGUCCUGCUGCUGUGCGUUACUUCUUCUCCAACCUCCGCUACUUUGGCCUCCAUUCUCGCACCCUGUCAUCCUUGGUGGCGGGUCAUCUCAUGACUCUUCCUGCUAAUGCCAUCGGCAAGUUCCUGAAUUUUCCUGCACAUCGGAGAAAAUCUUGCUCACGUGUCUGA